ACAACAACAGCAACUGUCAUUAAUGCAAGGUGGUGGCGGUGGUCAUCAAUUACAACGCCAUCCACAAAGUUUACAAUCGAUCCCGCCCAAUGCUGCCCAUUUGAAUUUUGUACAACAAAAUUGCCUAAGUCCUCGCUCAGCUUAUUUUUAUGAAUUUCCACCAACGACGGAGGGUCGUGAAACUAAAAAACGCACAACAUUAGCCCGUUUACUGAAAGGAUUAAAGACCGUCAAUCGUCGAGAUCGUGCCAGCCAUCAAAAUACAGCAGCUCAAGCACAAGUCAGAGCGGCAAACGAACGUUUACGGCACUUUCAAACCCUAAAUGGUGGCCAUCAACAUAGUUUUGAGGAGACAAUCCAUAGGUUAAAAGUACAAGAGGCAAUGCGUAAAAAGGAGAAAUUUCAACGGGAACAUGAAGAG